AUGGCUGCUCAAAAGAUCCUAACCCCAGAAUCCCAAGUCAAGAAGACUAAGGCUAACCAAAAGACUGCUGAACAAGUCGCUGCCGAAAGAGUUGCCCGUAAGGCCGCUAACAAGGAAAAGAGAGCUAUCAUUCUGCAAAGAAAUGCUGCUUACCAAAAGGAGUACGAAACUGCUGAAAGAGCUAUCAUCCAAGCCAAGCGUGAUGCUAAGGCUGCUGGUUCCUUCUACGUUGAAGCUCAACAAAAGUUGGUCUUCGUCGUCAGAAUCAAGGGUAUCAACAAGAUCCCACCUAAGCCAAGAAAGGUUCUACAACUUCUAAGAUUGAACCAAAUCAACUCUGGUACUUUCGUUAAGGUCACCAAGGCUACCGUUGAAUUGCUAAAGUUGAUCGAACCAUACGUCGCUUACGGUUACCCAUCCUACUCUACUGUUAGACAACUUCUAUACAAGAGAGGUUACGGUAAGGUCAACAAGCAAAGAAUUGCUCUAUCUGACAACGCCAUCAUUGAAGCUAACCUAGGUAAGUACGGUAUUCUAUCCAUCGAUGAUUUGAUCCACGAAAUUGUUACCGUUGGUCCACACUUCAAGCAAGCUAACAACUUCCUAUGGCCAUUUAAGCUAUCCAACCCAUCCGGUGGUUGGGGUGUUCCAAGAAAGUUCAAGCACUUCAUCCAAGGUGGUUCUUUCGGUAACCGUGAAGAAUUCAUCAACAAGUUGGUUAAGUCCAUGAACUAA